CGGGCCCUCCCGGACGCCAGUGGAACGCGUGUCCCGAGGGCCCCCGAAGUCUGCGGGAAGUUCCAGGGGGGCGCUUCGCCCCGGGCGCGCGAAGGUCGGGUGCGGGCCGCCGAGCGCGGGCCAGGGCGCAGCCGGGCCGCGCGGGCGGGAACGCGCGGCGGCCGUCCCCUCCUCCCUCGCUCCCGCCCGCAGCGGCGGCGGCGGCGGCGCUUCCACGGCGCGGAGCGGCUUUAAAAGGCGGCACCCCACCCCCUGGCGCACUCGCCGCUCGGGCGCCGAGCGAGCCUGCCGUUGCCAUGCCUCCGCGCGCGCCGCCCGGGCCCCGGCCGCCGCCCCGGGCCCCCGCCGCCGGCGGGGACGAGGACACCGACACGGACACGGGGGGCGCCGGCGGGCCCGGGCUUCGGCCGCUCGCGCCGCGCCCCUGGCGCUGGCUGCUGCUGCUCGCGCUGCCCGCCGCCUGCUCCGCGCCGCCGCCGCCGCGCCCCGUCUACACCAACCACUGGGCGGUGCAAGUGCUGGGCGGCCCGGCCGCGGCGGACCGCGUGGCCGCGGCGCACGGCUACCUCAACUUGGGCCAGAUCGGAAACCUGGAAGAUUACUACCACUUUUAUCAUAGCAAAACCUUUAAAAGAUCAGCCUUGAGUAGCAGAGGCCCUCACACCUUCCUCAGGAUGGACCCCCAGGUGAAAUGGCUCCAACAACAAGAAGUUAAACGCAGGGUGAAGAGACAGGUGCGAAGUGACCCUCAGGCCCUUUACUUCAACGACCCCAUUUGGUCCAACAUGUGGUAUAUGCAUUGUGGCGACAAGAACAGUCGCUGCCGAUCAGAAAUGAAUGUCCAGGCGGCGUGGAAGCGGGGCUACACGGGAAAAAACGUGGUGGUCACCAUCCUGGAUGAUGGCAUAGAGCGGAAUCACCCCGACCUGGCCCCAAACUAUGAUUCCUAUGCGAGCUAUGACGUCAACGGAAACGAUUACGACCCGUCUCCGCGAUAUGAUGCCAGCAAUGAGAAUAAACACGGUACUCGCUGUGCGGGAGAGGUCGCCGCUUCAGCCAACAACUCUUACUGCAUCGUGGGCAUCGCGUACAAUGCAAAAAUCGGAGGCAUCCGCAUGCUGGACGGAGACGUGACCGACGUGGUGGAGGCCAAGUCCCUGGGCAUCAGACCCAACUACAUCGACAUUUACAGCGCGAGCUGGGGGCCGGAUGACGACGGGAAGACGGUGGACGGGCCCGGCCGACUGGCCAGACAGGCCUUCGAGUACGGCAUUAAAAAGGGCCGGCAGGGCCUGGGCUCCAUUUUCGUCUGGGCGUCGGGUAACGGCGGCCGAGAGGGGGACCACUGCUCCUGCGACGGCUACACCAACAGCAUCUACACCAUCUCCGUGAGCAGCACCACCGAGAAUGGCUACAAGCCCUGGUACCUAGAGGAGUGUGCGUCCACCCUGGCCACCACCUACAGCAGCGGGGCCUUCUACGAGCGCAAAAUCGUGACCACGGAUCUGCGUCAGCGCUGCACCGAUGGCCACACUGGGACCUCAGUUUCGGCCCCCAUGGUGGCCGGCAUCAUCGCCUUGGCACUGGAAGCAAACAGCCAGCUGACCUGGAGGGACGUCCAGCACCUGCUGGUGAAGACGUCCAGGCCGGCCCACCUCAAAGCAAAUGACUGGAAGGUGAACGGUGCUGGUCAUAAAGUUAGCCACCUCUAUGGAUUUGGCUUGGUAGACGCGGACGCCCUCGUCAUGGAGGCCAAGAAGUGGACUGCGGUGCCCCUGCAGCACAGCUGUGUCGCUGUCACAGACAAGAGGCCCAGGAGCAUCCCCGUGGUGCAGACGCUGAGGACCAGCGCCCUGACCACCGCCUGUGCCGACCACUCAGACCAGCGUGUGGGCUACCUGGAGCACGUGGUGGCCCGCAUCACCAUCUCCCACCCACGCCGAGGAGACCUGCAGAUCCACUUGAUUUCUCCCUCAGGGACCAAGUCUCAGCUUUUGGCAAAGAGGUUGCUGGAUCAUUCCAACGAAGGCUUUACAAACUGGGAGUUCAUGACUGUGCACUGUUGGGGAGAGAAGGCCGAGGGGGAAUGGACCCUGGAAAUCCAGGACAUGCCAUCCCAGGUCCGCAACCCAGAGAAACAAGGGAAGUUGAAAGAGUGGAGCCUCAUCCUGUACGGCACGGCCCAGCACCCCUAUACCACCUUCAGCGCCCAUCAGUCUCGCUCCCGGAUGCUGGAGCUCUCGGCCCCAGAGCCAGAGCCACCCAUGGCCGCCCUGUCGCCGUCCCAGGCCGAGGUUCCCGAGGACGAAGAGGACUACACAGCUCCUCCCUCCCAUGGCUCUCCUAAUAUUUUACAGACCAGUGUGUGCCAUCCGGAGUGUGGUGACAAAGGCUGUGAUGGCCCUAAUGCAGACCAGUGCUUGAACUGUGUCCACUUCAGCCUGGGGAGCGUCAAGACCAUCAGGAAGUGCGUGAGCGUGUGCCCCUUGGGCUACUUUGGGGACAUGGCAUCCCGCCGCUGCCGCCGCUGCCACAAGGGGUGCGAGACCUGCUCGGGCCGGGGCCCCACCCAGUGCCUGUCUUGCCGCCGUGGGUUCUACCACCAUCAGGAGGUGAACACCUGUGUGACCUUCUGUCCCGCCGGAUUUUAUGCUGAUGAAAAUCAGAAAAACUGCCUUAAAUGCCACCCAAGCUGUAAAAAGUGCAUGGAUGAACCAGAGAAAUGUACUGUUUGUAAAGAAGGAUUCAGCCUUGCACGGGGCAGCUGCAUUCCAGACUGUGAGCCAGGCACCUACUUUGACUCUGAGCUGAUCAGGUGCGGGGAAUGCCAUCCCACCUGCCAGACCUGCGUGGGGCCCAGCAGAGAAGAAUGUAUUCACUGUGCCCCAAACUUCCACUUCCAAGACUGGAAAUGUGUGCCAGCCUGUGGCGAGGGCUUCUACCCAGAGGAGAUGCCGGGCUUGCCCCACAAAGUGUGCCGAAGGUGUGACGAGAGCUGCUUGAGCUGUGAAGGCUCCAGCAGGAACUGCAGCCGGUGUAAGACAGGCUUCACACAGCUGGGAACCUCGUGCAUCACCAACCACACGUGCAGCAAUGGAGCGAGGUCCUUCCGCGGCAUCUCUGGGCACCCAGGCCAGGUGGGUGAGGGCUUCGAGGAGGUGUCGGCGAUGUCCUCUCACACCCUGCUUGCUGGCUCCAUUCUUCUGGCUAACUCACAACGGGAACAGAACGAAUUCCAGGGAUCCACAGCUCCGGCUUCAGAGCAGCUUCUGGGACCAUAAGUUUACUGAAUCUUCGAGACCAAAGCAGAAAGGCAGGAUGCUUGGUGCAUUGCUCUUCUCCCUGUGCUUUUGGGCAGCCCGCAGAGCCGUGGGCUGUGCCCCUGCGUGAUGGAGGGCUGAGGGGCAUACCUGCUCAUCUGCCUGCCACAGUCUGGGGGACGGUUUGGUCAGACUGUAAAUAAAACAGAUUUCGGGGCUUCAAACGUGUGACCGCUGGGGAUGGAGCAUCUAUCUCUACAUAAUCAGCGACUUCUGAAACUGCAGCCAUGGCUUAGAAAGUCAAAUCCCAAACAGAUGGGUUGGAGGGACCCUCCUUCCUCUGCCGCCCUUUCCUCUGAGGGAGCUGAAGGUCCCUGGUCUCUGCAUCCUGUCUGUGUCUCUGGGAGUCUCAUGGCCCAGAUAAACGGUCACCUCUGCCUAACACAGAAGGUCCCCAGGAGGCAUCCCGGGGGCUGGCCAAAAGGUGCCCCAACGACCAAGCAAUUCUUCCUACCAAAAUGUAAACCCAGCCUGUGAACUGUUAAUUGUCUGUCGUGUCCCAUUUUGUGGAAUUGCUUUGAAAAUACAUUGGCCCUGCUUUUCAGGAGACUUGUUCUUAAGGUGGGCGCCCCUGUGUCUGUGUGUGCUAUGAGCCUAACGACACGGUUGGAUUUAUUUUUGCCAAACCUGUGUGGGUAUUUUAUAAGCUACGUGUUCUAAUUUUUACCGAUGUUAAUUAUUUUGACAAAUAUUUCAUAUAUUUUCAUUGAUAUGCACAGAUCUGCUUGAUCAAGUCCCUUUAAUAUGGGAGUAACAUUUGCCUUAAAUUUUUUCGAGCUCGUUCUCCAUUUUGUCCUGCUCCCCUCUUUGACUGUAACACAUUUGACGAGUCCCCUGUCAGCUGGCGGGGGAGCCCAGCUGUUGUUUGUUGAAUCCACAACUCCGAAAAUGAAAUCCACCAAGCAAAUACAGUGUUAACCCUAAAUUAAUAAAAGAGUUAACAUUUCAUG